AUGUCUUCCUUGCCCGUUGUCAGUAUCGUCGGUGGUAGUGGCCAUUUGGGCCAACACAUCGUCCGGGCUUUCCUUGAGCCCACCCGGAAAAGCCAAUUCAAAGAGAUCAGAGUCGUCACGCGUAAUGGAGGAUCUUCAACUCCGCAAGAAUUCGCUCAACAGGGAGCUUCAGUGCUGACAUACGAUGAGAAUGCACUCGAACCACUGGUUUCGGUAUUGAAGGACUCUGAUAUUGUCAUCAAUAUGAUCGGCGUGGUUCUGAAGGCUAUGCAGACGUUAAAGGCGCGACUGUACUUCCCGUCAGAUUCUGGCGUUGAUCCUCGGCUACAUGACUUCUCAAACCCAGAAUGGGAUGCUAAAAGGCUGGAUAGGGAGCUGGUUUCGGAACUAUUGCCCUCGUCCACCUGCACUUGUUCUGUCUACCCAGGUCUGUUUUUGGAACAUUCAAUUGGUCCAUGGUACGGACUCUCCUCAAGGGCCGAGCGCUAUGAACAAUCGGGAGCACAUGAAUCCAAAAUUCGCUUCACCUCUCUUCCCGACAUUGGCCGCAGUGUUGUCGAUCUGAGCCUUCUACCGGAGCCUCCUGAGCAUGUACAUCUUGCUGGAGAUACCAAGGCCAUUAUCGGGGUCGCGAGGACCAUGGAAUCAGCCGUCGCUGGACCUAUCGAAGUGGUGGAAACCGACCUCGACAAGUACAAAAAGGAUGUACUCACAGGACCCGGCGAUAGGCCGGAGAAGAACUUGAGGUUCUUGGUGGGGGAGGGGAAGAUCGAUCAUAGCGAUAAGGGCCUCGGGAAUGACAAUGAAAUAGUUAACCCUGGCCAGAAAAGGUGGGGAUGGUGGGGACUGUGUAAUUGGGAUCUCGCGUAA